AUGCGGCUGUCGGACGAGAUGCGCCUGUGUCGCGCACGCACAGUCUGUGUGCAGGAGAACUCUGGGCACACGGACGAGGGCCUCGUGACUCUUUUCUUGACAGCUGAAGGCGACAUGCGCAGUGCACGGAGCAAUCUGAAGGCUCCUGCUGGUGGGCGCCACUUUAUCAGUGACGAGAACGGGUGUCACGUGUGCGAUGAACCGCAUCGAGCGGUUGUGAAAGAUCUGGUGACUUACUGUGAGCAAGUGCGACUGAAUCGGGCAACGGCACUUGCACUUGGACUGGUGGAGAGCGGCGACUGCUCGUCGCUCGAUAUCACGACACGAUCGUUCGAGUAUGGCGUCUCGACACAGUCGCAGAUCUUCUAUGGUUCAGUCGCGCGACUCUGUGCUGUAGCAGUGGCCACAGCGACAACAAGCUGA